ACAUAGAGAUCUUUUAAAAAAUAACUAGGUAAGAGAAGAUCUGAUUAACGUUACUAAAGCAAUUUGCAACAAAGAUUCGACAUGCUUUAUUAACACUUUGAAUUAGCGUUAAGCCGAACUCUUUUCAAAAGAUCUCACGACAGCCAUGUUCGCACGUUUGAAGCUUAAACAUCUGCUCUGCUGUCUGAUACUUUUGCCACUAUUAUUGCUAUCAAUACCAAUAGAUCCCCAAUCCUUGGGCAGAAGCUGUGGUCGCGCACAAGGCGAAGCGCGUUAUUUCAUAACCUUUCGUGGCAGUUGCUUUCACAUACCCAAAAGAUCGAUGAACUGGUUUACAGGUUUGCGCUAUUGCCUAGUCAAUGGCUUGACAUUAGCUACUCUGGAUGAGCACGAAAAAAUGGUCUCGAUAACACGGCAUUGCCAGCGCCAUAGUAUGCGUCAAGAGUAUUGGUUUGGCGCUACGGAUCUCGGUAUGACAAAUGCAUUUUGGUAUAUUAGUAACGGUUUGCCAAUACGGUAUGGACCAAAACAGUCGUUGGAGCAGGAGUCCACAGAGCACUGCCUCAAAUUGAAUGUGCACGCAAAUUCAACUAGUAUCGCGCGAGAUUCAUGCCUCGCCGUACAUCCUGUUAUUUGUGAGCGUGUGGAGAGUGGCACGUAUUUCAGAGAAUAUAAUAAGCUAUUGUGAAUAAUAAUAAAUAAUAAAAUUUAAUCAGCGGAGUGAGACAGGCACCGUCAGAGACGCAGCUGAUGGAGCUGGGAAAAUUGUUGGAAGUGUGUUCUUUAUAAUAUUCAGAGAGUAAAGAUUUUUGCUAGCUUUAUUUUGUUGUGA